GAAAUUUUAUUGCAUCCUUCCAAGUCUCGGACUAUACAUCCAUCACGUUCAUAUGAAUUGCGCCUAGACUUUUAAUCAUGAUAGCAUCCACAUGGCAAUUUGACCUGUAUUUCAGGAAUAUUUAAACACACAAUAAAAACAACAGGAGGGCCGAUGUACAGACACGCGUCCUUUGUCAAAGUCAGGAGUAUUUAGAUAUAACCUUUGGGUCCGGUCAACUCAUUUGUCGUAGGGUUUACACUGGUAUUGGUUUGCAUUGUAAUGGUUACAUUAUUUGAUUCAAUUUGAAAAUCCGACUUCGUUUAAGAAACCUACAAAUUUGUUCUCUCGGAAAUCAAGAUUCGCUUCUCAGGGGUGUACUCAUUUUCAUAAGUGGGUAUUCAUUUAAACCUAUUGUAUUUGGUGGAUUUACGUGUGUAUUAUUCAGUCGGGUAAUUUUAGUGGUACUGAUUGCAAACAGUCAUGUCAAAAGUAUAUGUGGGUGGUUUGGAUUCCCGUACUACUGAAGAGGAGCUGGAAGAUGAGUUUCGUGCCUUUGGAGUUCUUCGGAGUGUAUGGGUUGCAAGAAAACCUCCUGGCUAUGCUUUCAUUGAGUUUGAUGAUCGAAGAGAUGCAGAGGAUGCCAUACGUGCCUUGAAUGGCAAAAAUGGAUGGCGUGUGGAACUCUCUCGCUCUCGUGGCUCUGGUGGUGGGGGGCCUCGUGGUGGUGGUGGCCGUGGGCGUGGUGGAAGUGAUCUAAAGUGCUACGAAUGUGGCGGGUCUGGGCAUUUUGCUCGAGAAUGUCGCUCAGGAACAGGCUCUGGACGUUCAUCGAGGGGACGACGUGGCAGUCCUACUCCACAACAUCGGCGUAGCAGUCCAGAAUAUGGACGGAGCCCUCCUCGCCGGAGUAGGUCUCCAUACCGAUCAAGUGUAUCACCUAAGCGGGUACACAACUACAGCAAAUCACCGCCAUCUCGCCGUGAACGUGAUGUCUCUCCUCAUGCUAAUGGAAGUGCAGUUGGUAGAGAGCGUCUCCGUAGUCGUAGCUGAAGUCUUCCAGUAUGAUAAUAAGCCCCCAAAAAGUGUCUGGGUGAUGUAUCAUAAUUUAUACUUUAUUUCUGAUUUUAAUUUGUCUCUGGAAGAGUAACAUGAUUACAAACUUGGCUGCUAUAUUUCUGUUUUGGAAAGUUGUUUUAGCUCGUUCAUAGACCUCACCGAUUUUCUAGCUUUUUGCCAAGUAAUCAGAGGGAUGGAUAUGCUGCUGUUGGAGGAAAAGUUGGAACUUUACUUCCAACCUAUUUCUUCCAGACCCCACACAGUUCUUUUGUUGCUUUUUUGGAUGAUUUCAUUCCUGUAUUUCAGCUUUAGUUUUUGUUGGCUAUUUCUUUUCAAAAAGCAAGCCUUUGAAUUUUGUUGCUAACAUUAAAGUUAACAGUAAUGACCUGAGGAAAAGUUGGAACUUUACUUCCAACCUAUUUCUUCCA